AAAAAAUUGAUUCGUGUGUUAAACUAGUGAUCCAGAAGAAAAAGUUAUAAACUUAAUGCUUCAGUAUUCACUUUUGCAUCGAGGAAUAGUACCGUGGCAUCGACGUGCUUUUACGACAGUUUGUUGUGGAAAUGGUUUCCACCGGAAGAAAAUCAGUGGAAAACCGAUGUGUAAUUAAACGUGACUCUGCAGCAUAAAACAUUCCGCACAAAAGCACCAAUCGAGUGAGAUAAAAAUUGACACUUUGGUAAAGCUUUGAAUUUGCGUGUAGUAACAGUGCCAGUGCCGGAAUAAAUAAUUCAUUAGAACAGCCCGGACAAAAUAAAUGAAUGAAUGAAUGAACGACGCUGAAUGAAACUGAAACCAAGCGCAAUAAUCGCGGGGUAAAGUGCGACGAUAGAAACAAAACCCAACAAAAACGGCGAACCGCGAAGCAAUGUUCCAAUUGUCAACCGAAAAUGAAUCGGCGGUUUAAUGAAAUUAAUUAUGCAUUCGUCACUGUUGAUCUUGGCGUUCGUCCUGGUGCUGCUGGUGGAGCCUAUCCAGCCGACGCCAUCCGAGGAGCGUUCCGAGCCAUUCCCAGUCGCUCCCACCCAGAUAGCGUACCUGGUGCUGAGCCAGUCGAGCAGUUACCACUCCGAGCGAGCCCAAGCACUGCGGAGAAGUAUCCUCGAGCAGCAGUCACAGCUGGUCAAAUUUAGUAAUCACCCAUCCAAAAACUUCACCAACACCAGUGGCGGCACCAUCAAACCCGAUGACACCGGCACCAGCACCGGAAAUGUGCACCUGUCGCACGAGCGCUUCGCCGACCACGAGGGCUCCUGGGCCAUCACACCGAUCCUGAAGCACAUCCGGACCGGCGGCAUCCUGACCGGCCGUCGAUGGCUCAUCAUCUGCGAGGAGAAUAGCCUCGUGAACGUGAGUCUAUUAGUGCACCACUUGGCCCAAGAGGAUUAUCGCCAGGAACACUUUCUCGGCUACCCGCUGCACGACCGGGAGGCAACCAUUAUUCAUCAUUUUGCGUUUUUCAAAAAUCCAUCAUCCUUCCGGUACCCGUGGGUGCGGGCGGGCCUGAUCCUGACCACCCCCCUGGUCGAUCACCUGCUCGGGCUGUUGGCACGCGGUCCGGCCGUCGGAACGGAGUUCUUCAUCGACGUCGGGCACGAGUUUGCCCUGCUGGCCUGGAAUCGGGGCAGCCCCAGCGGAAGUCGCACCCUCACGCCGGUUCCGUACCUGUGCGCCCACCCCGGCCAAGGCUGUGCCAUCGCUGCCAGCCCAAGUGAGGUUCCGGCCGUGGUCACGGGGCCAACACGUGACCACCACCUGCAUCCGGAGCCACCUGUUGCGGCCCCAUCAUCCGUGGUCUCCACUCCGGCGGAAAUUCUAUUCGCCGUAAAAACGUGCGAAAAGUUCCACGCCGAACGUGUCCCGGUGCUGCUGAACACCUGGGCCAAGUACGUCCAACACCUGCGACUGUACAGCGACACCGGGGAUGCCAGCAUUCCGACGAUAGGGACGAGCAUUCCCAACACCAGCAUCGGACACUGUGCGAAAACGCUGGAAAUUCUGCACCUGGUCCGCGAAGAACUGCGCUACAAUCCGGGCCUCACCGACGUCAGGUGGAUUAUGCUGGUGGACGAUGACACCAUUCUGAGUCCCUCAGCUCUGGCGCACCACCUGGGCCACUACAACCCCUCCGUCGAUCUGUACCUCGGCGAACGGUACGGGUAUCAUUUGCUCUCGCGGGACGCCACCGGUUCCUAUUCGGGCGAAUCCGACGGCCAGGGCUACAAUUACAUCACCGGUGGUGGCGGCAUCGUCCUCAGCGUGGCCAUUCUCGCCGACCUGCUCGACCACUGCGAGUGUCCCUCGGCGACGUCCCCGGACGACAUGAUCAUAGCGGCGUGUCUGUACCGGCUCGGGGUGCGGCCAAUCCAUUCCCCGUUGUUCCACCAGGCCCGACCGUCGGAUUACGCGCCGGAGACGCUGGACCCGGGCGCCAUCUCGUUUCACAAACACUGGCAGAUCGAUCCGUACCAGGUGUACAACAGGUGGUUCCGACGGAACGACGAGCGGUGGUGGAAUCGUCCGACGGCGGAACCCCUCCUACAACCGAAACAUAUCAGUAACGAUAAUGACAGCGUUCGACAGACCAAACCGGAACGGCACCACAGCCGACAUCGGCUUGUUACGGUGGCCGGCAAGGAACCACCGCUGGAGGAGGGGCUAACCGGAUCGGUUACGAGCGAUGUCCUCCGCUAUCAAAGUGAACAUCAUCAGCUACAUAUCAGCCAACAUUCGUCCAACAUUUGCGAGAGUAACGAGCUCCAAUCAAACAGUAACUUGCUGCUGCACCAUCCGGCGGCGGGGAGUGACGGCGGAGGUGAUGGCUUCCCGGAAUCGAACAUAAUCAAACAUUCGGAACUGUAGGGGAGGAGCGGCAAGCGGGGGAACAGCUUAGUGUAAGCCAUUACCUGGUUGUAUAUCCUAGCGGGUACAUCGGUGGUCCUCCCGUGAGGAUUGGAUAAUGGCGCGCACACAAAAGGCAAUGCCAGGGACGACUGAAAGUGUUCGUUGAUUUUGCGUAACAUAGACAUGAAUAAACGAAGGUUUUUUUAUUCUACUCGCAA